GGCGCAGCGCGGCGGCGGCGGCUGCGGAGAUGCGGGCGCGGCCGCUGGGGGCGGCGGCGCUGGGCGCGCUGGUGCUGGGCGCGCUGGCUGCCGCGGGCGCGGGCCCCAACAUCUGCGCCAGCCGGGGCGUGAGCUCCUGCCAGCAGUGUCUGGCUGUGAGUCCCAUGUGCGCCUGGUGCUCGGAUGAGGCCUUGCCUCCCGGCUCACCCCGCUGUAACCUGAAGGCGAAUCUGCUGAAGGAUAAAUGUGCCCCGGAGUCCAUCGAGUUCCCGGUCAGCGAGGCCCACAUCCUGGAGGCCAGGCCCCUCAGCGACAAGGCCUCCGGAGACAGCUCCCAGGUCACUCAAGUCAGUCCUCAGAGGAUUGCUCUCCGUCUCCGGCCAGAUGAUUCCAAGAGUUUCUCCGUCCACGUCCGGCAGGUGGAGGAUUACCCUGUGGACAUCUACUACUUGAUGGACCUGUCGUACUCCAUGAAGGAUGAUCUGGGGAGCAUACAGAACUUGGGGACCAAGCUGGCUUCCCAGAUGCGCAAACUCACAAGUAACCUGCGGAUUGGCUUUGGGGCCUUUGUGGACAAGCCUGUGUCACCGUACAUGUACAUCUCCCCACCAGAGGCCCUCAGAAACCCUUGCUAUGACAUGAAGACCACCUGCUUGCCCAUGUUCGGCUACAAGCACGUGCUGACGCUCACUGACCAGGUGACCCGCUUCAACGAGGAGGUGAGGAAGCAGAGUGUGUCACGGAACCGCGAUGCCCCUGAGGGGGGCUUUGAUGCCAUCAUGCAGGCGACAGUGUGUGAUGAGAAGGUUGGCUGGAGGAACGACGCUUCCCACUUGCUGGUGUUCACCACUGAUGCCAAGACUCACAUCGCCCUGGAUGGGAGACUGGCGGGUAUCGUCCAGCCCAAUGAUGGGCAGUGCCAUGUGGGCAGAGACAACCAUUACUCUGCCUCCACAACCAUGGAUUAUCCUUCUCUGGGGCUAAUGACCGAGAAGCUAUCCCAGAAAAACAUCAAUCUGAUCUUUGCGGUGACUGAGAACGUAGUCAAGCUCUACCAGAACUACAGCGAGCUCAUCCCGGGGACCACGGUGGGGGUGCUGUCUGCCGAUUCCAGCAACGUGCUCCAGCUCAUCGUGGAUGCUUACGGGAAAAUCCGCUCUAAAGUGGAGCUGGAAGUGCGUGAUCUCCCGGAGGAGCUGUCUCUGUCCUUCAACGCCACCUGCCUCAACAACGAGGUCAUUCCUGGCCUCAAGUCUUGCGUUGGACUCAAGAUCGGAGACACGGUGAGUUUCAGCAUCGAGGCCAAGGUGCGCGGCUGCCCCCAGGAGAAGGAGAAGUCCUUCACCAUCAAGCCCGUGGGCUUCAAGGACAGUCUCACCGUCCAGGUCACCUUUGACUGUGACUGUGCCUGCCAGGCCCAGGCAGAGCCUUCCAGCCAGCGCUGCAACAACGGCAACGGGACCUUUGAGUGCGGGGUGUGCCGCUGUGCGCCCGGCUGGCUGGGGUCGCAGUGUGAGUGCUCCGAGGAGGACUAUCGUCCUUCCCAGCAGGACGAGUGCAGCCCCCGCGAGGGCCAGCCUGCCUGCAGCCAGCGGGGCGAGUGCCUCUGUGGCCAGUGCGUCUGCCACAGCAGUGACUUUGGCAAGAUAUCGGGCAAGUACUGCGAAUGUGACGACUUCUCCUGCGUCCGCUACAAGGGAGAGAUGUGCUCAGGCCAUGGCCAGUGCAGCUGUGGGGACUGCCUGUGUGACUCGGACUGGACGGGCUACUACUGCAACUGCACCACGCGCACCGACACCUGCAUGUCCAGCCACGGCCUGUUGUGCAGUGGCCGCGGCAAGUGUGAGUGUGGCAGCUGUGUGUGCAUCCAGCCGGGCUCCUACGGGGACACCUGCGAGAAGUGUCCCACCUGCCCUGAUGCCUGCACCUUCAAGAAGGAGUGUGUGGAGUGUAAGAAGUUUGACCGAGGAGUCCUGCACGAGGAAAACACCUGCAGCCGUUACUGUCGUGACGAGAUCGAGCCUGUGAAAGAGCUCGGGGACACUGGCAAGAAUGCAGUGAAUUGUACCUACAAGAACGAGGAUGACUGCGUCGUCAGAUUCCAGUAUUAUGAAGAUUCCAGUGGAAAGUCUGUCCUGUACGUGGUGGAAGAACCAGAGUGUCCCAAGGGCCCCGACAUCCUGGUGGUCCUCCUGUCAGUGAUGGGCGCCAUUCUGCUGAUUGGCCUUGCGACUCUGCUCAUCUGGAAGCUCCUCAUCACCAUCCAUGACCGGAAGGAGUUUGCUAAAUUUGAAGAAGAGCGAGCUAGAGCAAAAUGGGAUACAGCUAACAACCCACUGUACAAACAGGCCACAUCGACCUUCACCAACAUCACCUACCGGGGCACCUAAUGGCAAGCAGUCAUUCUCAGACAUAUCAGCGGGUCCCAGGAUUGUGGAAGUCGCUGCUGUCAUGUUUACAGAGGAAGAUAUCUGGGGGGUGGGACUGGGGACUUGGGCUGGGGUGGGCUGGAUGAAUGUCUGCAUGUAGAAGUUUGGGUCUUUGUGUGCAAGCGCGUGUGUGUGAGAGAGAGUGUGCUGCGUGUGAGGGAAUGUGUAAUUUAAACUUGUGAUGUGUCCUGGAUAAACAGGGCUCCUCAGCCUUUGUCCUCAGAACACCUUCUUCAGGGAUUCUUCCUGCUGAACCUGAGGGUCACCUGUGCAGUCACUCAGGUGGUCUCUGUUACCUCAGCCAGACGUCAGCUUUCCUUCUUGGGCCACGCUCCCUGAACAGAAGGGCGGGUCUGAGGCCUCUCAUGCCCAAGGAAGGGAUUCCAAGCCUGGACUCUCCCCUCAGUUUAAGGCUCUUGGGCCUGACUCUCAGCCACUCUGGUAGAAACUCUGGUGCCGCCUUGUGUCAUCUGGACCACUCGCUCCUUUCCUUUCCCUCAGAUCGAGAGGGAGGUCGGAGCCGGGCUGCCUGUGCGCCUUCUGGUGCAGCAUGGUUCUCUCAUCAGGGGAGACUUUGCUCCCCAAGUUCUUGGUCUGUUGGGAGUGAGGAAUGCAGAGCCAGCUGGGGGCUGUAAUGGCCAGGGACAUUGGACCAGGGUCCCUCAGUAAAGAAAGCCCUUCAGAGUUGCCCCCACAGGCAACUCUGGAGGUUUGUUUAGAAGAAGUACAUCACCCCGAGACCAGCACCACCUCCUUACCUCCUGCUUUCACACCCUCACUGCUGUGGAUAUUUGCUACACACUGGGAAAUUCUCUCACGAUCUUAGCAAUGUUUUUCCUCCCAAAGAGAGUUCUCUAGGUGGAGGCAGGAGCUGGUCCUACCCUUCAGGCAUUCUGCCUCUUGUCCAAGGCACUCCCCACAGACAACCCUGUUUCUAUGUGCUGGAUUCAUCCAUGGGGUUAUUUAUCUACCUCUUGGGUAUCUUGUGAAGGAAUCAUUCCCAUGGGUCUCUGAAUCUUCUGGGCCUGAAUACUAGGGUAGAAUAGCGGACCAGCUGUAUCAGCAUGAAUGAGUGUCUCCGAUGAAUGGGGCGAACUCAUUUCCAUUCAGUCUUUAGAGGCCACAAGUGAAAUUUGACUUCCUUUUUCUCACCGGGUUAUCUCACUGGAUUUAUGAUAAAGCCUAAUCUAAAGGAAUAUGGACAUUCUGUUUGGAAUUUAUUGGAUACUGAGGAAAGACAGUAUAAAAAGUCGUGCAGAGUUAGUCUGAUGAAGGUCCUCCCACUUGACAUCUUUCAUAGUAGAUUGCUGCCCUGUUUUGGGCUCCUAAGGGUUUUGAUGUCCAAAUGAUGAUGGGGUGGAUAUAUGGACAGGGUCGACCUUCUCUGAGGUAGAAGGAAAUAACUAUUCAUUUAGAUUAUUUUUCAGUGCUGGGAAUAAAACCUAGGUCUUCACACAUGUGCUUUACCAUUGUACCACAUCCUUGGCCCACUGUUCUUUAUUUGCUAGCAAGAACAGCUGCCUUGUUCGCAUUUACAUUGUCCAACAUUAACACCCCUAUCGCCCACUUUCCCACCAAGAAAGAAGGAAGAAUCUCCAAACUGUUUGAUGAUCAGGAAUUAUAAAUUCUGGGCCCAGGAUUGCAGCCAAAAAAACCAUUUGACUUUAGGCAAGUCACUUUCUUCUCUCCAGGACCCAGUUUCCUGGUCUAAUAAAGGAUAGGUUUGGUUCCGCCCAUCUAGGAAGUCUUUUUCUUUUUUCUUUUUCUUUCUUUCUUUUUCUUUUCUUUUCUUUUUUUUUUUUUCCUUUUUGGGUCACACCCGGCGAUGCACAGGGGUUACUCCUGGCUCUGCACUCAGGAAUUACUCCUGGCGGUGCUCAGGGGACCAUAUGGGAUGCUGGGAAUCGGACCCAGGUUGGUUGCGUGCAAGGCAAACACCCUACCCGCUGUGCUAUUGCUCCAGCCCCCUAGGAAGGCUUUUUCAGUAUCAGUAUCCUGAGAUGCUCAGAGCUGCUGCAGCAUCAGCCAUGCAGUCAGGAUUCUGUGGGAUGUCGAAAACAAUUUUUAGUUGGGAGAUCAAGAGAUAUGGCAUUGACAAGAGCAGAUGUAAUUCAAUGUCAUCUUUCUCAAUAAAAUGACCUCAGUCGGGAGGGACAAUAAUAUGUACAGCAGCUAGGGCACUUGCCUUGCAGGUGAGUUUGAUCCCGGCAUCCUUUAUGGUCCCCUGAACACCAUCAGGACUAAUCCCUGAGUGCAGAGCCAGGAGUAAGCCCUGAGCACCAUAAUGCAUGGCCUAAAAACCAAAAAGGGGGAAAAAUGCUUCAUUGUUGCCUCUCUCAGAAUCCCUUCUUUAAUUUUCAUCUCUGGAUGUGGCACUUAAGCUCCACUUUGUUGUUAUUGUUUCAUUCACUUUGCACAUAUUUCACCCACAUAUUAAGGAAGAGGCAUACAAAAGUAGCUAACAUGUAUGUUCUGUGUCCAUGUGUUAGCAUUGCCAAUAAACCUUGGAAUUAGAAAUGGCCAGGUGACGGAGAAUCUCACUCAUGAAUUGUUCUCACAGUAGGAGUCAUCGUGGGUAGAUAGUGGUAGGAGGGAUGAACUUGAAUCCAAGAAACUUGGAACCUAAUUAUGACUUUCAGCUACUGAGAAAAGACAAGUGUCUGUUAGAGGGACAGUUAGACAUUUUAAAGAUAUGAUUCCAUGAAGAAAUGCCAUCAAAGGAGGGAGAACCCAUUUUCAAAGGAUAUGGUGCUAUCAGUAGGAAUCUCAUCUGACCAUCUAGAUGAAGUUCAUGGCCUUGAAAACCAGUACACUGUCUACAUUUGGAGAGAAAAUGUAGCAUUGUAAGAGCAAAUAACUUUGGUCAGUUUGGGCAUCGUGUAGGCUGAACCUCUAAAUAGUGUUUUGGCAUCAGACAACACAGCCCAAAGAGAUUAUUUGUGCCCCAGCGUUUUGGGAAAUAAAUUGUGUUCGUUCUCAGGGUCUGUGGACAAUUAUAGGAAACUUUAGAACGUACCUGACAAGUAGUAAUAUAUGGAGUUGGUUCUUAAACUCUUAGACAUUUCUAGACCAUCUGUGAUUUCAACAUACUUCCCUUUGUAAAGUAUUCCUGGUUGAAAUGACUUAAGUGACUUCCUAGCCACCUCCCUGCUUAGUUGUGCAACAGUGAAUUAAAUGUGCUUUUCCAAAAAGAAUUGGCCUACGGCUCCCUGGUGUUUCCUGUGUUGUUAUUUCGGUUUCCUUUGGGUGAAAAGAAUAAGUGUCAUUGCCUCACAAAUGACUAUUUUAGAACAAGCAUGUUUUCAAAUGAAUGAUGAUGACUACGGGAACUGAACUUAGUUUCAGAACCCAGAGCCUUUCUUUAGACUUGAAUAAUAUUUUUAAAAUAAGUAGAUUAUCCCUGUUCUAAGAAUCAAGAGCUUUUUAUUUAAAAAAAAAAAAAAGGGCAUUAGUAAUGUUUUCUCAAUAGAACACAGUUGAUUUGGCAUAGGUUUUGUUUGCAGAAAGAAUAGCAUCAGUAAAAUAAAGACUCAAUGGCAAAUUAUUUACAGGACUGCUUGAAGGCUCAGCUUUUAUUUAAGACAUGUCUCAAAAGUGUGGUCCCAGGACCAGCCUUGGAAUACCAACAGUAUGACUUUCGGCUGGGAACUUGUUAGGAAUGUAAAUUCCCACAACGACAGAAUUAGAAACUCUGGGGCUGUGGCUCAGUCAUCGUAUUUUAAUAAACCUUCCUGGUAAUUCCGAUGCAUGUUUAAGUUUGAGAACAACUGGUUUAAGGAGUUACUUAUAUUUCUUCCUGGUCUAGAAACAAGUUUACAGUAAGCCAAAUCAGUUCUUAAAGAGUUAAGGAUGCAAUUUGGUUUAUAGAUUAAGAAAACCAAAUAUCAAUGCACACAAAAUGAAAAUCUACGUUUGAUCUAUUUUCCAAGUAAAAUGAUCAUAGGCUGCUUGGGUUCACUCGCCGCCACAAAUUCCCAUGAAACACCAAAAAAAGUAAUAGAUCAAAAUCUCAGUGAGAAAUAGCUAGCGGAAUACUUGGCAGGCACCUAAGAAAACCUUUUAUGUGAAUCAAGUUGAAGCAAGAAAAUAUUCUCCCAGCAUUUAUUCACAGGAGUUGGGAUCAAAAUCUUAAUGAUUAACUGCCCAGAAUAUGACUUUUGAAUUUAUAACUUCCAUUUCUUGCUAUUUAAAAUUUAUUGUGCACUGACAGUAUAGGACUUUUGAAGCACUUUACAGAACUCUCCUCAUUUCCGAGUUUUAUAUUCCUGGCAUGAUGUGUCACUGCAGUGCAUGACAUCAUGAAAAGAAUAUGUGAACAUAGGCUGAGUCUUUUGUGUGAAUUUUCCCUAAGAUUUGCGGUGUUUUAUUUACAUUCUGAUAAUGAUAAUUGAUGGCUAAAUAGAGGGCUUUAUGUGGAAAUGAAAAGCUAUAUGUCAAGUUAUAUUUGUUAUCCUUUAACUCUUGGGCUCUGUAGUCUGAACUCUAGUAACCACUAUCUAAUGAUCUCUGGGACCAAUUAUAAGCACAUUGUCUUGGAAUCAGAUUGCACUAAUUUUUCCACUAAUGUUAAGAAACAAAAGCAUAUGCUUUGCAAGUAAACCAUUUUAUACCAACUGAAAACAUUUCUAUUUGGUUUUGUAAUAUAUAUCAGCACAUAAUAUUACACAUACAUUAAUUCCUAGAGUAUAGAUCCCUAAUUUGUUUUUGUUUGAUU